AUGUACGGAAUGUCGUUUACUCUCAAUAUACCAAGCGUUCUAGCUUUGCUUAUCGUCUCGUUCGUAAUCAAGAAAUUCGUCGUGUCCCUUUACGUCAAUUUCCAUGGCCGCCUGUCUCACAUUCCAGGACCAUUCUACUCCUUCACGGUGAUAAAAAUAAUAUAUCUUCAAGCAACCGGAACUGUAUGGAAAUGGACACGAACGCUCCAUAAAAAGUAUGGACCAAUUGUAAAAAUCGGCGAUGAAUUUCUGUCGGUAGGCGAUAAGGACGCCAUUAAACAGAUACUUGUAACAAAGGAGUUGCCCAAGAGCCCUCUUUAUUUACGAUUUCGAGCUCGCCCAGACAUUCCAACCCUAUUCACAGCGCUUGAUCGAAGUUUCCAUCGACAACGGAGACGACUGUUGUCCCAUGCCUUUGGCAUGAAAGCCAUAUCUUCGUUUGAACCUCUCAUGCAUUCGUGUGUCUAUGACUUUGUGGAGACGAUAGAUUCCCAAUUGCUCGACUUUCUAAGGAAAAACGGAAUGACUCUUAAUCUCUAUAAAAUGCUUCAGUAUGUCACGUUGGAUAUUAUAGGAGAGACGGCUUUCGGAGGAUCGUUUGGAUUAGUUAAGACUGGGUACCAUCCAUUACCAGAUGAGGUGAACCGAAGUUUGAGAUACGUAACCUUGAAAUCAGUCAUUCCGUUUUACGGUUAUUUUGCAAAAGAUCCCUUGUACCUGAAAGAGUUCAUGGACAAAUUAAUAAGCGAACGUCGAAAUGAUGUCGUACCAAUGCGCCAAGACCUUUUACAGCUCUUACUUGAUGCUGGCAGCUCAGAGGGCCAGGGUCUGACGGACGAUCAACUCAUCACCCAAGUGAUUGAAUUCAUGAUCGCUGGUAGUGACACAACAGGCUGGAGCAUUACUAUCAUAAUUAUGCUAUUGCUUCAAAAUUCUGAAAAAAAGGCAGCACUGUUGGAAGAGUUGGACGAGGCACUGGAAGGAGUACCGAAAGAUGAGUUGCCUCCACAUGAAAUAUUGAAAAAAUUACCUUAUUUAAAUGCCGUUAUAAAUGAGGCAAUGAGAUUAUGGCCUGUUGCUCUUGCAACCGGUCCUACCAAGAGAACAGUCGAAGACAUAAUACUAUGUGGAUAUGUGAUACCAGCCAACACUCAAAUAUCCGCCAACAUAUAUGCACUACAUCAUUCAGCCGACGUUUGGGGAGAUAACGUCGAGGAAUUCGUACCGGAACGGUGGUUAGAUCCCGAUAAUUUACCCAAGGAUGCGUUCUAUCCAUUCUCCGCAGGUUCUCGUAAUUGUAUUGGUAGCAAUUUUGCUCUACAAGAAAUGCGGCUGCUGGUUGCCACUUUGUUACACCGAUACAGAUUAGAAGAAAUACCCGGACAGGACCUUGACAUGGUGCAAUAUCUAACACCCGCUUUUAAGAGCAGAGCAUAUAAUGUCCAAUUCUAUGAACGUUAG